AUGGCACCCGGCCAGCCCAGCAACAAUACAACACUUGAGGUCGAGAAACAUUCCUCUCACGAAGCACCUGAGAGCUCAUGUGCCGAAGUUAACACCGUCAGCCCGACUAUGGAUUGUAAGCCAGAUUCGAAUGUUAAAGAUAGCCUCGAAAGGGAGGAGAAGGGCGUUACGGUUGGCCAUGGGUCAGCUGAAAGCGGAAGCGUUUCUGAACAGCGGAAAAGCCGUUUUAGAAGCCUUUGUCGCAGAUACAAAUUCGUCCUCCAUGUUUUCAUCUGGCUGUUCUUUACGGGUUGGUUCGUUGCCGGGGUAGUUUUGCAUCGGAAAGACUUAGGGUGGCUUAUUCCUUUCCUACUCUACCUUUGCAUCACAAUUCGCCUCGUCACUUUUUAUAUACCGAUUACCGUUGUUACAAAACCGAUGCAUUUUGUCUGGGACAACACCGGAGUCAAAGUCGCCAACCUUGUCCCUGAACGUCUAAGGAUAUGGUGUGGAGCAGCCAUUACGAUAUCGGUUAUCGUGAUUGGCUCCUUUGCUUCCCCGGAGUCUGCGGGAAACACCAGAGCCAAUCGUGCUAUAUCUUUGUUCGGGCUAGUCGUAUUGGUUGGUGUCCUAUGGGCAACGUCUGCCAACCGAAGGGCCAUUCAGUGGCACACAGUUAUCGUUGGGAUGCUCAUCCAGUUCCUUGUCGCUCUUUUCGUUCUGCGCACCAAAGUGGGAUAUGACAUUUUCGAUUUUGUGUCAUAUCUUGCCCGUAGCCUCCUCCAUUUCGCUGCCGCAGGUGUCAAAUUUCUAACCACUGAAGAAAUCUCGCAAUAUCAAUUCUUCUUUUUCUCCGUCAUCCCAGCGAUCAUUUUUUUCAUCUCACUUACAUCUCUGCUCUUUUAUUGUGGUGCGCUUCAAUGGUUUAUCGGAAAAUUUGCCGUCUUUUUCUUCUGGAGUAUGAGGGUUUCUGGUGCUGAAGCUGUCGUCGCAUCUGCAUCUCCGUUCAUCGGACAAGGAGAGUCCAUCAUGCUAAUCAAACCAUUCGUCUCCCACCUCACACAGGCAGAAAUUCAUCAGGUUAUGGCAUCUGGUUUCGCCACAAUCGCCGGCUCUGUCUUAGUCGCUUAUAUUUCCAUGGGUGUCAACGCUCAGGCACUGAUUUCCUCCUGCGUCAUGUCUAUACCCGCUUCACUUGCCACAUCAAAGCUGAGGUAUCCUGAAACUGAGGAAUCGCUCACGAGAGGAAGGGUUGUUAUCCCGGAUGAGGAUGAAGACCGGCCAAAAAAUGCCCUGCAGGCUUUCGCAGAUGGCGCCUGGCUUGGUAUUAAAAUUGCCGGAAUGAUUAUGGCGACUCUCCUAUGCAUCAUUGCAUUCUUAGCCCUGUGCAACGGUAUCCUCGGCUGGUGGGGACGCUACCUCAACAUCCCAAAUCUCACUAUCGAGCAGAUUGUGGGAUACCUAUGUUACCCAAUUGCUUUUUUGCUUGGCGUUCCGCGAGGGCCUGACCUCUACAAAGUUGCUAAGUUGAUUGGUGUCAAACUGAUUGCGAACGAAUUCGUGGCUUUCCAGAUGUUGACAGGAGAAAAAGAAUAUAAAGAUAUGGCGUCUCGAUCUAAGCUCAUUGCUACGUUCGCCCUCUGCAGCUUCGCAAACAUUGGUUCGCUAGGAACGCAAAUCGGUGUCCUAUCGCAGAUUGCUCCGAGUAGAGGCGGCGAUGUCGCAAAACUGGCUGUCAGCGCUCUAAUUACCGGAGCGCUAUCGACAUUUUCAUCCGCGGGAAUUGCUGGGAUGAUCAUUACAGACGAAGCAAAUUACAUAAGCGGGUCCUCUGCGUAG